CAACAAAGGAAAAAUAUUUAUCAAAGAAAAACCUACGCAGGAGAAAUAAUAACUAAAUAGCAUAUCUUCUAAAAUCAGCAAUAUAAGAAAAAAUGUCAAAUAACCAUUAUGUUAGCCUGUCGCAUGUUUGAACCAAUUACAAAAUAUCAGUUACGUUUGAGACGGCGUUACAGUAUCUAUUACAAGUUUUGUAUGCAUAUUUGACCAGGAAGUGCGUCAAGGUUGGUUGGUUUCGUGUAUAAGUAGCUGAACCACACACACAACAAAUCUGCUUUCGGGUAACGACGUUAUUUUAACAGACGAACCAUUGAAUAUUCGAAAUGCAUAUGUUCACUCCUCCUGAAGUCAUGCAAGGAUACAUUUCUUCAAAACGUAUCUUUGAAGCUUGAAAUGAUUUCACUUUUAGCAUAAUUCUCAUAGUUCACUAGCAGCAGAACAAUCAUAUAACAAUUGAACAUGCAUAACUCACUAUAAUAUAAUACCCGUAGAUCAAAGUAAUACACUACUCACAAACCAUUUUGUUUUAUACUAUCCUUGGUACAAAUGCAAAACAACACUCGCAGCUGAUUACCAACAUACUGUAAUGCUUGCAGCUCAUUAGUAACUUAAUGUGAAUAGCUCAGUAGUAAUAUUCUAAUUAUAACUCACUAGAAAACAUAUUGCUACAGCUCACAUUCAACAAAAUGCUCAUAGCUCACCCGUAACAAAAUACCAAAAGCUAGCACGAAAAUUGAUACAUGUAGAUCACUAGAAAGAAUACACAGAGCUCACUAGAGACAAUAAACAUAGCUUACUUGUGACAAUACUGGUAGCUCACUAAUAACAUUAUAUCAAAGCUCUCUCGAAACAUAACAAACAUAGAUAAUUGAAUCGUGAUAUAACUUUAAUUACAUAAUAGUACAGUUCACUAGAUCACACCUCAAACUCGAAGCUCAUUAGUAACACAUCGUUAUUGACUAAAAAUCUAACAUCCUUUGAUGAUUAGAAACAUUGCAUUCAUAAGUCAAUGGUAGCUCAAUAUAUAUCUCACCAGAUCGCUUUCACAUCAAUUAGUAACAAAAACUCAUGAUUCUGUUUGCCGCUUUACACCUGAAUUGUAGCUACAUUUAUGAAAGUGAGAUUGUUGUCUAUAUUUAGAUAAAUCCAGUUUUUAUGGAAACCAAAAUUAUCUCUAACAUAUUUCUUUUUCUGUCCUUUCACAUUAAUUUUAAUACGACAUACACUAUUUUAUAAGCUUAUACUUUUGUAAUGUCCUCCUUCACACAAUGUUGUAACAUGUAAUAAUCAUUCGAAAACGUGAGCCCACGCGACCAUUAUUUGAAAAAUAAAAUCGAAUUGAGAUAAGAGGUGAAUCUAUGUAUACGGUUACCGGCAAUCCUAUCUCCGAUCUAUUCAUGUAAUGAGUAGUAACAUGCUUUAAACAUAUGUAUCAUAUAUAUAGACUAUUGUGACCAACACAUGCAUCGUACAUCCACAGUAGUACACACAUACACGAAAACAUGGCAAAUACAAAAUACAUGUUUGUACAUAAGAAACUACCGAGACGACGUGCAGGGAUUAAUUUAGGAGCAGGUCCAAGGCAGGGGUCAAGGAGGCCGGAAGCAGGAUAAUUUUCCAGAGGGUAAAUCGCAAGAACUAUAAUAUCUGACGAACUGCUGGACUGUGCAAGUGACAUGCAAGAAGUGCCUCUUCAGGUCGUUGGUGCAGAGGGAAAUCCCUCAGGCGAUACGCCGAAGUCCAACGCACUAGCCUUUCGAAUAUCUAUAUGGCGUUUCCUCUGCUGUACGCUGCCAAUUGUCCUUUGUGCUGCUGUUUCAAUAAUAUCGGUUCAUGUCUGCAAGAAUCAAGGCUAUCCUUACGGGGCAGGAAUUGCAGCAGUGUGCGCCAUAGGAGUAUAUAUCUUCAAUCUCUGCCUAGUAGCCGCGAUGGUUAUCUCUCUCAUUAGCAUGCGAUGUCAAUCUUUUACAGACGCAGCAUUGGCCAAAUCAUCAAAUGGGACAAAGGCAGUCCAAGCCAUCAACAUAUUAAAUCUGUUUCUGUCAAUUGUGUUGGCUGUGGUCGUGAUUUGUAUCGUUACUUUGGAACAUAGGAGAUAUUAUAUUGGCGAACCUUGAAUAACGUUGCAUUGCACUGAUUUACAUCGACGUGUAGUAAAAUAAGGCUGUCUCUAUCUUAUCAUGAUUAGUAGAAAGGAGGACAUAUUGAUAACGAGUGACUUUGAAAGACUUCUAAAGACAUUAUUAGGCAAGUUUAGAACAAUUUCAUAUCUGAAUAUCACUUGAUUAAUAUAUUGGUAAGUUGAAAGCAUGGCGCAAAGUUUAUCCAUACUUAUGUAUAUAAUAUUGAAAUUAUAUGUACAUUUCGGCCACCUGUAAUUUGUAUAUAAAGAUCAUACAAAAUAUGUAUCUGUUGCUUAAUCCUGCUGUCAAUAGUCAUACAUGAACAAUUUCUUAUUAUUAUAUAGAAUUACGUUAAUCCCGGUUCUACAGCUAUACUAGGUCACCCUGCUUAGUAAAUAAUCUGAGACGGGAUUAUUGUGCUAUUAAUUGACACCUACUUAAGUGAUGAAACUUCAUAGAAACAUUAUAGAAACAUUAUUGAAACAUUAUCGUAGAAAAGUAUCUGACAAAACCUCUACGAGAAUUUUUGUUUCAAAUAUUCUAAAACAUGCAGUUUAAAUGUGUAAAUACAGAAAAAUUACAAAUGUGAUAUCGGGUUUGUUUAUUUGCAACUGUUGUGAAUUGUAUGAUUAUAACCCUAACUAGCCGGAUAUAACUAAACCAGAAGUGUGGAAUGCUGACCAUACAUGUUUCGACAAUAAAAGACCGGUUAUUUUCCUACUAGUAAAAGUCAUACCACGUAACAAUAAAAUUGCUUGAGACAAAGUCAUAAACUCACCGUAGCUAAAUGUAAAAACUGCGGUUAAGAUUAUUAACGUGCGAAGCCUUUUUCCGGCUGCUACUUAUCUCACCAGAUGCAGGGUAGAAACCGUGAAUUCUCGAGGUGUCACGAGAGCAGAAUCCAACGAAUGGCGACUAUGUGUUCAAAGGGGUCAAAUGUUUACACAAUACUAUGUGAUCGACAGGGCAAAGGUAAUGUUUGUGCUUUCAUCUUAAUUGAUAAAGAUACAUUUCGUCACUUGGAUUGCUAAACGACUUUAUAAUUAAUUUAUGGAGUGGCGUUAACAAAACAAUAUCGUAAAAGCUUUGGGACAUGGGUGAUAUUAUAUAACUCCUUGCAUAAUUAACGUCACUUACGAAAAUAAAACUUUAUUCUUUUUUGUUUUAUAUUGUGGUGUCAUCAAUAUACAUUUCAGUAUUAUUUUGUUCCAUGCCAAAAAUGAUGCAAGACAGGUCAUUGGUUAUUCCAUAUUUAUUAGGUCGAUAGACCUGCAAAUACAUAGAUACACAAUCACCAUUCGCACACCGAUUCACACUUAAUAUUAAUCACCACGAAGUUAUAUAGAAAACUAAAGAAUGUUCACCUGUACAGCCAGUGACGGAGUGACGACAGGCCAGGUAAAUCGGACAGAGGGGGUGAGAGAUUGAACAGGUGCACGGGUUAGUUAAGAAAAACGUGUGCUUCACAACACAUGUAUCGCUACCUGUGCUGGUGCCUGAUGUGGGUCUGAUACUCGAUACCUAAGUUACAUAACCAUAACAUCCAUGACAAUUGAAUCGUGUAAGAUUUCAAUACUGCAUCGUAUAUGAUGAAUUCGAAAUUCAUGAAGAAAAGGGAGAAAUAAAGAAUUUCUGUCUGUCGAGUAUCAAUACAAUUUACAAAACAAUGUGCGGAUCAUGCAGUAUCACAGUAAAAAUUGAAUUUUGGAUUGCUUUGAGGAUAAAACAAUUCAGGAAGGUGAAAUCUUUCACAUUAUCUAAAUAUGGCAAACAUUAUAGUUUUGUACUAAAACGAUACGAUUUACUCGAUAAUGUCAUUGUUACAUUAUAAAAUCCUGUGAUACAAUAAUUUGAAGAGACAUACCAAACACAGCAGUACGGAGCUCUUUAGUAUUCAAAGUCAUUAUUUCAUUACAUGAUGUUACAGACCUCGGAAUAUGUUCCACAAGCAUAAGUGUUAUAAGAAUGAUAAGUUUAAAUGUUUAUAUCCUGGAAACGUGGAAAUCAAUACGAUUCUCUGAAAUGUUACAUUACGUAUUUAUUGCCAUUAUAAUAUAAUUCAUCACAUAUAAUUAGUCGUAUAGUGAAGAGAUACGAUACACUCUAUAUAUCAUUACAUCAAUCCUAUUAAAUGAUAACUGUUUACGUGAGAGCCAUGACACACUAAUUAAUCCUUUUCUGCAUGGACUCUUGACACAGAGCUGUAUUGUUUAUAACGGAGUGGAAUGAUCAACAAGUACAGUGCCGCUGUGAUGAUUACUACGCAAAAACAGCAUAAAUUAUUCUGAGUUACUCCAUUUUUUCCAGUCAUUUCAAAACAGCAAUGUCUGAAUACCACCAGUUUCCUAAUGAGGACUCCUGCCCCGGGUCUCCGUCUCUGCUGCAAGCAGAUCGUAGUGCUGACUGUCCUCCGCCAUAUUUUCCGCCUACAGACGAAGGAAACGCACAGUACACGUGGGGAGAUCGCCCGGCAUGUUAUCAGAGUGUGACGUCAAUGCAAAUUGAUGGCCCAAGACCGCCACCGUAUAGAGACAAUGAUACACUGCCACCAUAUAAUUUACAGGACACGGAGAAUGGACAUCCUACUAACAACGCCCCCACCAAUGACACAAGCGUAACCAUUCAACAACCUAAUGGCACUGAGCUACCCACAGUCACUUCUACUCCUAAUGAUUAUCUGGGCUGGUCCAUAUGUGGCUGUCUGUGUUGUGUGUGGUCGAUAGGAAUAUGCGCCAUUAUCUCUUCGUACGAUUCUCGUAGAGCAGCGUUCCAAGGAGAUAUGGUCAAUGCCAAAACCAGCUCUCUAUGUGCUUUGAGACUGAACUUCAUCAACAUGGUGCUCGGAGUUGUCCUAAUGACGUACUGUCUACUCAGGUUCGGCCUAGGUGUUUGAUCCCAAAGGCUACGUGUGAAUCAGUACAACAUGACAAUUAUGAUGGAUAAAUAAGAACAUAAUCGUAUAUGAAAGUAUAUAACAGAAUUAUAGAUGUGUGUAAUGUCAGGUCGAUAUAUAAAAUUGUAUGUACAUUCAGUGUAAGAACAGUAAUGCCAUUUAUACAGUGUGUGUUGUUUACUACACUAAAUGUAUAAUAAAGUUUCUCUC